AGAGAAAAAGAGUGGAACCCUUGCGAAGAGAUCCAACACAGAAACAACAUCUGACCAAUCGCCGUUACAUCCAAUUCCUCUGCCGGCGAUCCUGAUGCGGCCCUCCGUCCGAUCUUCCUUCUCUUGCUCCGUCGUUGCAGCACUCUUUGCCUCUUUUGUUUUCAUUUCAUCGCCGGUGUUCGCCUCUGAGUAUGAUCACAAGUAUCAAUCAGAUGACAGAGUCACCCUUUGGGUGAAUAAAGUUGGGCCUUACAACAAUCCACAAGAAACAUACAAUUUCUACAGUCUUCCGUUUUGUCGUAAAGCUGGUCAUGCUGCACACAAAUGGGGUGGUCUGGGUGAAGUAUUGGGUGGAAAUGAGCUUAUUGAUAGCCAAAUAGAUAUCAAGUUUGCAAAGAAUGUGGAAAAGACUAUUGUUUGUGAAUUGGAACUUGAUGAACCGAAAGCCAUGCAGUUUAGACAGGCUAUUGAGAAUAACUACUGGUUUGAAUUAUUCAUGGAUGAUCUGCCGCUGUGGGGUUUCGUGGGUGAGCUACAUUCUGAUAGGAAUAGUAAUAGCAAGAAUAUGCUAUUCACGCAUAUGAAUAUCACCAUACAAUACAACAAAGAUCAGAUCAUUCAUGUUAAUCUCAGUCAAGAAAACCCAAAACCAUUGGAAGUUGGUAGGACCCUAGACAUGACAUAUUCAGUCAAGUGGACUGAAACUAACAUCACUUUUGCUCGCCGUUUUGAUGUUUACUUGGAUUACCAUUUUUUUGAGCAUCAGAUUCAUUGGUUCUCCAUAUUCAACUCAUUUAUGAUGGUCAUCUUUCUCACUGGGCUGGUUUCAAUGAUACUGAUGCGAACUCUUAGAAAUGACUAUGCCAAAUAUGCCAGAGAAGAUGAUGACCUGGAAACUCUGGAAAGAGAUGUCGGUGAAGAAUCUGGUUGGAAACUUGUUCAUGGGGAUGUUUUCCGGCCACCUCGCAAUUUGGUUUUGCUUUCGGCAGUUGUUGGGACGGGUGCGCAAUUGGCACUAUUGAUUCUUCUUGUCAUCUUACUCGCAAUUGUUGGAAUGUUGUAUGUCGGGCGAGGAGCAAUUGUGACAACGUUUAUAGUCUGCUAUGCUCUCACAUCUUUUGUCUCUGGCUAUGUUAGUGGUGGGAUGUACUCACGCAAUGGUGGGAAAACCUGGAUAAAGUCGAUGAUCCUCACGGCGUCACUCUUUCCCUUUUUGUGCUUUGGGAUUGGUUUUGUUCUUAAUACCAUUGCCAUAUUCUAUGGGUCUCUAGCAGCUAUUCCUUUUGGCACAAUGGUGGUUGUUUUCGUCAUUUGGGCUUUCAUCUCUUUCCCUCUCGCUCUUCUUGGUACAGUGGUUGGAAGGAACUGGAGUGGUGCUCCUAACAACCCUUGUCGUGUGAAGACCAUUCCUCGCCCAAUUCCAGAGAAAAAGUGGUAUCUCACACCGUCUGUAGUUUCACUAAUGGGAGGACUGCUACCUUUUGGCAGUAUUUUUAUUGAGAUGUACUUUGUCUUCACAUCCUUUUGGAAUUACAAGGUGUAUUAUGUCUAUGGUUUUAUGCUACUUGUAUUUCUGAUUCUUAUCAUAGUGACGGUUUGUGUCACGAUUGUGGGAACAUAUUUCUUGCUAAAUGCGGAGAAUUAUUACUGGCAAUGGACUUCAUUCUUCUCUGCAGCAUCUACAGCUGUUUACGUGUACUUGUAUUCAAUAUAUUACUACUAUGUGAAGACCAAGAUGUCUGGCUUCUUCCAAACCAGCUUCUACUUUGGAUACACAGCAAUGUUCUGCCUUGGAUUAGGAAUUCUCUGCGGAGCGGUUGGUCAUCUGGGGUCUAACAUGUUUGUUAGAAGGAUCUACCGGAACAUCAAGUGCGACUAAGCAAGUAGGAAGAACAGCAGCCACACUGACCCUUGUAGUUAAGUGGGAGGAAGGGUAUGGGAUUUAGUAGUAUAUGUAAGUGGAGAUGAUCGGGGGGAGGCUUGAUAAAUUUUCCCUUCCGUUCGUUCGAUGGGGUGUAGAAGAAACGUAGAUGAGUUGUAUUAUUAUACAGAAAACGAAUAGAGGCUUUACUACUACUACUACUUUGGUUCCACACAUACAUGUCUUCUUUUCAUGUUGCCAUUUCUCUUUGCUGCUGGUUCAAAAGGCUCCUCUCCAUCAGGUUCCAUUGUUGUUAUGCUAUAACGACUUAUGUAUUUUGAUGCUUUUUAAAGUUGUAAAUUGCUUCAGUUUUGAUCAUUUUCUGCAAUUGGAAAAGGGGGUUAGACUUCCAGGUUACUA